GGCGCGGGGUGUCGCGCCCCGGCACAACUUCGCGGGUGGAGUCGGGUCUCUCUUGCAGCGGCGGCUUUGUCGGGGCGGUAUCGCAGCCGCCACCUCUGGAGUGGGGCAGCCCGCUGAGCCGCGCGAGGGGCUAAGGCUAGAUUGAGGUUUACCCGGGCGCGGAGAGCUUCCCCCGGGAGAGCAGGGCGGGGACAGCGGAGCCGGGCUGUGCCGGGUCUCGCUGGGGUGAGGGGCCGCCCCUCCCCCUCGCCCCGCGCCGAAGAAGGGGAGCGGGUGGCUGCCUGCGAGGCGCCCCAGGCCCUGAGGGUGCUGCCUGGCUCCUCUCCUGCACGCCCCGGGGGCAGCGGAACGUGCCCCGGGGGCAGCGGAGAGUUUCUGUCCAGGCUCCCGCGGCGGGCAGCGGCGUCCGGAUCCCGGCGAGCGCGAGGAUGGCAGGACGCGCUCUGCGGGGCUCGGCGCCCGCGGCCCCGGGCGGGGAGAGGCGGGCAGCGCUGGGGCUGCUGCUGCUGCUGCUGCAGGUGCUGCUGGGCUGGGGCUCGGCUCAGCAGCCCGGCUCCUGCCCCGCGCCCUGCGAGUGCUCCGAGGUGGCCCGGACGGUGAAGUGCGUGAAUAGGAACCUGACGGCGGUGCCCUCGGACCUGCCGUCCUACGCGCGGCUCCUCUUCCUCACGGGCAACCGGCUCGCCAGCCUCCCGGCCGGCGCCUUCCUUUCGCCCCCGCUGCCCCAGCUCAGCCUCCUCAACCUGAGCGGCAGCCACCUGGAGCAGGUGGAGGCGGGCGCCUUCGCCAGCCUGCCCAGCCUGAGGCAGCUGGACCUGAGCGGCAACGCCCUGGCCAGGCUCAGCCCCGAGGCCUUCGGCAACGCCAGCAGCCCCCUGGAGGAGCUGAACCUCAGCAACUCCCUCAGCAACCAGAGCGCGGUGGCCGCCCUGGCCGAGCUGCUGGGCUCCGGGGUACUGGGCAACCUGAGCCGCCUGGAGCUGGCCGACAACAGGCUGCUCUCCCUGCCCGCGGGCAUGUUCUCCUCCCUGCCCAGCCUGCAGCACCUGGACCUGCGCAACAACUCCCUGAUGAGCUUACGGGCCGCGACCUUCCACAGCCUGGCCCAGCUUCAGAGCCUCGACCUCAGCCACAACUCCCUGAAGUGCCUGAAGAACGCCACCAUAGCCCAGCUCCGCAGCCGGCCCGCGCUCCGCAGGAUCAGCCUGGGCCACAAUACCUGGGUUUGCGACUGCUGCAUCGAGCACCUGGUGAGCUGGCUCAAGGAGAGCGAGCAGGUGGAAGGGAAAGGGGCCUUGAAGUGCUCAUACCCUGACAAGAUGCGGGACAAACCCCUGGUGAAGACCAACAGCUCAGACCUGGACUGUUCUGUGCCUGUAGACAGCCAGUCCCAACUGCAAACUUCAUAUGUCUUCUUAGGGAUAGUGCUGGCUCUCAUUGGAGCGAUUUUUCUCCUAGUUUUGUAUUUGAACCGAAAAGGAAUCAAAAAGUGGAUGUACAAUAUCAGAGAUGCAUGUAGGGAUCACAUGGAGGGAUAUCACUACAGAUAUGAGAUGAACGCAGACCCCAGGUUAACAAACCUCAGCUCUAGUUCUGAUGUAUGAAGAUACACUGUGGAAGCAGGGCAAGGCACAAUAGCUAUGCAUGAAAUGUAGACUUAAGCUUUACCCCCAUGCUCACUUCCCUUCUCUCAGAGAAACAACAGAUUUAUUUGUGCCAUGUGGGGAAUAUGCCUCCAUGUAAUGUAAAGGUGAUGACGAUUUUCUGUUACCCUGAAACAUUGAGCAAUUGUGCAUGGUGUUGGGCUGUACAUAAGAAACAUGCUGCUAUUCCCUCGCUUCCCUCCCAUCCCCCACCUGUUUUUCUUUGGAACUUGCUCUCAAUACUUAUUUGAAACAUUUUUCAAGAUCUAAAGUGAAAAAGAUCCUCUCUUUGAUGUUCCCAACCUGCAAGAGCAUAUAAAAUUUACCAAUACAGAUACUAUCCAACAAAAGCUGCCUCAACUUUUUUGGGAAAGAAGCUUUAUUCAUCAAUUAGUUUUGUUCUUAUGUAUCCUAACAGAGAAGAAAAUUUUAUUCCAUAAACUACCUGCAGAUUUAAAAAGCUCCUAACAACUCUGUACAAAGAAGCAACUAAAAUAGUGAGCAUGCACAAAUACUUUGUAGUUUUACAUAUUAGGGAAAACUUACAACCUCAAUAAGCCGCUUACUCUUUUGUAAAGUUCUUUUUAUGGCAGUUUACGUGAAAAUAGGAUGCUUUUUUAAUAUAAACUGCAUAUAAACUCAGUUUGAACUGUUAAAUAAUUCAAUAAAUGUUCUUACAAAGAA